GGCGGCCAACUUGACAUUCUAACCAGUCGCUUUAUUUUAAUUACUUUAUAUGUAUUUAGUUUUCAAUUUUUUCAAACACUAAAUUGCCCGACGCCGCUCCACCACCAGUGCUCACUACAACCACCAAGUGCAGUGCCGUACAACACCGGAAACCAAGAAAAAAAAUAAGGGUCAACUCAAUUAUUUAUUUACACGAAACGGUGCGUUAAUAAUUAAUCACCACCCCCGAACCCGAUGAUGCCAGAAUCCCACGUCCGCGAACAAGUGGUCCCUUAUUGAUUUCGAGUGAAAACAAAGCGACGAAAUGGAAGCGAUGCAGUAUGAGCUGGCCAGGAACAUGACCCUGCUGUUCUUCUUCGAGAGGCUGCUGGACAAGGGCGAGCCCCGCACCCUGCACGACCUGAGCUGCCAGUUCGGCUCCAAGGGCUUCACCAAGGAGAUGCGACAGAUCGCCGGGGGCUCGCAGAGCGGGCUCAAGAAGUUCUUGCUACAGUAUCCGGCCCUGUUCACCAUGGAAGGUGAAUAUGUGACCAUUAACACCUUCCAGAAUGGCAACAACAAGAACAGCGCGGGCGGUAAAGACUACAACACCCAGGCUGUCGAGUACUUCUCGGAGAAACUGUCGCAGUACGGCGAAGGUACCGAGGUACCCAUCCGCAGUUUGUUGGGCCACCGCUCCCAAGCCAGUCCCGAGGUACGACACGUGUCCGGCCAGCACUUCCACGAGUUCCGUGAGUUCCUACUCAAGCACCCCGACACCUUCUUGGUGGAUGACGAAAAGGAAACGGUCAUCCUGACCAACUACUCGGACGUCAAGUCCCACGCACCCCCGGAACUCCACUUCCAACCGGACGUCAAGAUAGAUCCGGUCGAAACGCAAACCCUGCUGGACUUCCUGGCCCAAUGCAUAGAGGUCAAGGGCCCCAUAUUGGUGGAGCAGCUCUUCCAAAUCGUCAGCUGCAACCUGCCCGAGGCCAUGUGGACCAACCUGUUCAACACGCCCACGCACCUGACCAGCUUUUUGAGACUGUUCUCCGACAGCUUCCACAUCCAAUCGAACCUGGUGACGUUGCUGCAGCCGCCUAAGAUCAACCAGAAGCACAUCAACAACCCGCAGCUCAGCAACAACGUCAAGGAACCGAAGCCGAAGGAGGUCAAGGAGAAGGUCGACUUGGAAACCACCAAGAACGCCAAAAACCUGGCCAACAACAACAACACCGCCACCAUAAUCGAGAAGGUGGAGAAACCGGAGAAACUGGAAAAACCGGAGGUGGUGCCGACCGGGCCGCGUUCCAUCAGCGACCGGCUGAAGCAGCCGAAGCUGCAGCAGAAGAUGCAGAACGACGCCGCCGCCCAGAAGUCGCUGUCGCCAGAGCCUCCGGCCUCACCGGCUUCACCGACGGCUCAGCAAAUCGACGAGAAGAUCGCCAAAGGCGUCAACUUUCGAUUAGGUAAAUUUAACAAGCCACCCUCCCCCGAAACCCAGGAGGACCCGUCGCCCCCGCCAACCGACGUGCGCCCCAAACAAACCCCCAACUACAAUCAAUCAUUGAAGCAACGUAUCAAUAACCUGGUCCUGAAGACCCUGCAAGAGAACACGGGCCGCGAACGCCAGAACUUCAUGAACCACCACGGACAGCCCAACAGUUCCACCGAACAGUGGAAGGUGAAGCUGUUCCAGAACACCCGCGUCAUCUGCAGCACCAGGGAGUGUCAAAUGGUGGUGGACGACAUAAUGGCCAAGGUGAAGUUGGGCAUGGGCGACGCAGACUGGCCCUUUGCCGAGGACAAGGUGGCUGUCGGCUUCGACUGCGAGGGCAUCAACUUGGGACCAAACGGCCACUUGACGUUGAUAGAGAUCGCCACCAUGAACGGUUUUUGCUACGUUUUCGACUUGAUUUCGUGCCCCCAGAUGAUCGACUACGGUCUGAAGAAGAUACUGGAGAGUGGUGACGUCGUGAAGAUAGUACACGACUGUCGGAACGACGCAGUGAACUUGUUCAGACAGUUUAACAUCAAACUGAAGGCGGUGUUUGACACGCAAGCCGCCCACGCCGUCUUGACGUACCAGGAGACCGGCCGUCCCGUCUACAAGGCGAAGAGUGUGGCGUUGAAUGCCCUGUGCGAGAGCUACGGCGCCCCCGGCAAUCCCAUGAAAGACCAGCUGAAGAACAUCUACAAGAGGGACCAAAGAUACUGGUCCAGGAGGCCUUUGAUACGCGAAAUGAUUUUAUUCGCCUCAGCCGACUGUCUUAGCUUAGUUAACGAGAACAUCUACUAUCCUAUGGUUAAGGCUAUCAAACCUGAGAACCGGGGGUUGUUCCUGGAGUUGUGCGACGAACAGAUUCACAUGCACAUCACGCCGGACGACGUCAAACUAAAGAAAAGGCAACGCAAGACGGAAACGGAGGUGGCCGAGCUUCGGGUGAAGCUGGCCCAGGCCACCAAGAGCGUGGUGCUGAGCAACAGAGAAGUGCGGCUCCUGAGGUACAUCGAACUCACCGACGAGGAGAAGGAGAAGCUGAAAUCGUCGGCGAAGGUGGCGAAAAAGUUAGAAAAACUCGAAAGCCUGGGACAGGAGCGGGACGACAACUCGUCGGACGACGAGGGCGACAACGAACAAGACUAUCCGAGCCUGGACAGCGACAUGACCUCCCCCCGCAACUCCGAGCCGACCAGCUUGACCGAAUCCAUGCAGCUGGUCGACUCGAUUUUGAACGACAACAAGAUAGAUCGUCUGGAUAAAAUAGACAAGUUGGAGUCGAUUCUGAGCGCCGCCGCGUUGCUGCCCAGCGAGGACGGCAAGUGCUCGUGCAACUGUCACAAGCUGAACAACGGGUACAAGAACGAGAGGGUCGUGUCGCCGACGAACAGCUUCGUCAGCUCCGUCAAGGACACGGAUCCUGGCUGCGUUAAGGAGAACCACGACAACGUGGGCACCCAAACGUUGAGCACUGGUGAUAUUGUAGUUACAAAGAUUUACUUUAACGAGGCGACCGAAUGAUCGUUUGAUUAUUAUUUUCUAUGAGGGUUGUUGUUACGACGAUUGUCUUUUAUAUAUUGGAGGAAUCCAAGCACUAACGAAUACACGGUACCGUAAGUAGUAUUAGACGAUUAAAUGCUCAAUUUGGAAAUGUAUACACGUGGGGAAAAAAUAACUUUCAUGGCCUUAAAGAUAUUUUUAAUGUGAUUAUUGAAUUUUUUGAUAUGGUGCUCGUUUAAUUUUGUUGUCGAGGAUAUUUUAGAUGUUUGUUAAUUAAUAAAAAAUGUAUAUUGUUUUACUACUUAACCACUACUUAAGUAGUACUAAUGAAACUAGGCAAUACAAUUCAUAUCACUUUUUACCAAUACUGAAAAACUUUUUAUAGUGAAAUUUGUUUGUUACUAAUCUAGGUUUAGUAAGCAUAUAUCAAAUUAUAUUAAUCUGAUUAUUUUUACAAUUGGUUGGCCUAACGUUUUUUAUAUGAUUUUUAUAUAUUAUGAAUAAAGCAAAAUAUUUUUUUUGCUGCCAUAUUUUAGCGAACGGUCGUGAGACUGUAAUUUUUUUAUUUAUACAUUUAUUGUUAACGAUUUAUAUACAUAUAAAAUAAUUGAAUUAUUGUCGAAAGUUGGCGCAGAGUCCGACAACUUUUCGUAUAUUAUAUUUGUUAUUAGCCAAUUAACAUUAUUUAUUUAUUAAUGCCUUUGUGUCUUAAAGUAGUUUUAAGGUGACUAAGGCUAUGUUUGUAUUACAAGGAGCAAUGUUCAUGUAUUUUAAAUCAUACAUCAUUUUUGCUGGUAGAGGAUCAAAUAAUAAAAAAAAGAAAAUAAAUAAAUUUAUUAAACACCGA